UCGAAUCAUUCUUCACACCUUGUAAGACCAACAAAAAGAAUAUCGAAACGGGAAAAAUCCCUCCUUUGAAACUAGCUUGUAUGAUCAGGUUCAGGGCAAAAUUAAGUGAGAAUGAGUGCAAGUAGUUUGGUAGCGGAGGCGGUGUGGAAAGACAUCGAAUCUACUCGUUCAGAUGAUCAGCUAUCCAUCUUGCAUUUCUUGUUUGGUAAAAACUUUGAGCGAGCCACUAGGAUAGUGGAUCAAAGAGGCAUCAAGAGGAUUUCUGGUGAGCUAAGCGGGCGUUUCGUCUUUCAGGUUGUGGGAGAAUCACGGAGGAAGGAGGAAUAUUUUUGCUUUGCUGAAAACUAUUGUGCGUGUUACUCAUUCUUCUAUGACAUUGUAAAUAGAGGAGAACAGCUUUGUUGUAAGCAUCAGUUAGCUGCAAGGCUAGCUUCAUCAUUGGGAGCUUGCAUUGAAGUUAAGGUGUCUGAUGAGCAACUAGCGCUAUUGCUGUCAAAACUCUGACAUCUCUCAGUAGAAGCCAAAUUUUGCAUUUGGUGUUGAAGUAGUGCGUGAGCAAAGGACAAGUUGAUGCGUUUACAAUAUAGAAGCCAGGUGCAGUUAAAGAGAUUAUGAAAACAAUAUAAGCCACAGAUGCAUAACGACUUCAUGGACAUAAUCAGAGGGAAACUUUUUUCAGAGAUAUAAUUUGGAGGAAACUUUCGUUUUCAUCCUGAUAUGGAUUCCACUAAGCAGUAAUGGAGCAAGUAACUUCUGAUUUGGGCCCUUCCUCCUUGAUUCAUGUGUAACUAUAUAUAGUUUGUAUUAAAUUCAUUUUACAUUUUCUUGUGUAAGUGUAGAAACUCUUGUUUUUAUUCGUGAACACAAGAAUUCCUUCUUGUAUUUGUGGAAUGCAUUUGAAGGCACAUUUUUUUUUUUUCAUGACUUGAUCUUUCUGGUAAAUAAUUUGGUAGAGUUGGAAUGACAGAUCCUUGAUUUUGAACA